UCAGUUUCAAAAUUAAAAUCAAGAGAUAUUUUUUGCUGUUCAAAAUUUGAAAUCAUUUCCCACCCUUUUCCCCUUCUUCCUACUUCAAAAACAAAUCUGCGCUGCAAAGUUCAGUUCAACACCCUUUCAUGGCAACACUGCGGUCGAACAGGAAAAGGUAACAUUUACGAAAACCUGGAUGCGAUGCUGUAUAGGGCAACUAUUGAUUUUUCGAAGCGAAAUUGCGUCAAGUCGACGUUUUCGUGGAAUUCUUUCUCAAAACCGAGUCAGUUCGCAAAAAUGCUGAAAUUUGGAUUCGUUUACUUUCGCGAUGCACUUACGAGAUCUUUUUCCGAAUCAAAAAUCUAACCAGCUCGAUUUUUUUUUCAUUUUCAAAGUGAACGUGCAAAUAAUAAUCGUAUUAUAUAAAUAAAUUCCGAACGAUGCAGCCGUUUACAAAGUUGUGACCUGAUGAAAGAAGAAAAAAAUUCUAUUUCGGGACCUCGAGCGGUUUCUUUCAAGUUCAAAAUAGAGCUUAAUUUCAACCACGUGACUGCAGCAGCUAUACAUAGUAGGUAGGUAUCAUGAAUAAUAUAAAUCAGCAAGAAAUAAUCGAUAGGAAGAUAGUCAACGAUACAACCUACAACCUGGUGCUGUGCAAGGAUAACGGUAUGAAAAUGAAAUUAUGGAUACCAGAUUAUCUCAUGACUAAUGCUAAAGCAGAUGAGAAUAAUCGAAAAAGUGCUGAACAAAAUGUACCUAGACCUACUUCACCGCAAAAAAAUAUUUCGAGCUUGGAAGAUAAAGUUAACCAAAUUUACAGUCAAUUAAGCAGAGCAAAUGAUACUGAAUUGCUCGAAUUACAAAAACAAAUCGUCAAGUUGAACUUGAAAGAUUUACCAACGUCGCAGAAAUCCGAAAUAAACACGAUGAUCGUGAAAAUGAUGCGAGAUUACAAAACGACACAAAAAACCAGCCCACAACUCGUGCAAAAAUUACGACAAAAUAUUCUUCGCGAAGAAAUGGUGAACAAAAGACGAGAUCAAUUAUCAGUGUUGUUUUGUCUAGAAAAAGAAAUCAAUUUGGUGGCCAAAUGUAGGAAAAAAAUUACCGUCGAGAACUUCGUUGAUUUGGAACUAUUGCCUUUUGAUUUUUCUUACAUAAAUGCCAAUAUCGCUGGUGCUGAUGUAUCGUUUCUAAAACAUCCUCCUAUCGGAUGCGAUUGUAUAGGAAAACGUAUCUGUUUAUUGAAUAACUGUUGUCCGGAAAUGUUCAAUAGUCAACCUACCUACAAUGAAGACGGUCAAGUGAUGAUUCCUUCAAAUAUGCCGAUUUACGAAUGCAAUAAAAAUUGCAAGUGUUCGAAAUCAUGCGCAAAUCGUAUCGUACAAAGAGGAAGUAAUAUCAAGUUCAUCAUUUUUCGAACCGAAGAUCACGAAUGGGGCGUUCAAGCUGCUCAGUCCAUCAAAAAGGGCACCUUUGUUGUGGAAUAUGUUGGCGAGAUUGUGAAAAGGAAUCAAAUAGAUCAAUUCCAUCAUGAAGAAAAACAGAAUCAUUAUUUAUUCGAUUUAAACUUCAAUAAAGAAGACUGCUUGUACACGAUUAAUUCUUGGAAACAUGGAAAUAUUUCACGUUUUAUUGGUCAUUCUUGUGCACCUAAUUUACACGCUUAUUCGGUAUGGAUUGAUUCAUCGGAUCCCAAUAUAUAUCACGUAGCAUUGUUUGCAUCUCAAGAUAUCUGUAAUGGAGAAAAAUUGACAUUUUUACAUAAAAAUACAUCCGUAAGUAAUAAUUGUAAAUGUGAUUCGUGUAAAGUUAUUGUGUUUCAAUUUUGAUCGUUGUUUCUGUUUCUGAUACUUAAUAAUAAAUUACAUGUUUAUUCGUACGAUUGA